CUGCGCCAGCGGUGGAGGCGGAGGGAGGGGGGUGGGGUGGGUGGGGCGAGGGCUGGGCUCCGCCCACUGCCGCCUCGCGGCGUUGUCAUAGAGACGGCGGCUGCGCGGGAGGAGGUUAUGCAGCUUUUCUACAGCAGCUGCAAUGGGUUCUGUGCUUUCCUUCUCUGUUAAUAAUGCUACCUCAAGGCAGAGGAAGAAGGCUGAGGAUGACGAUGAAGACUUACUCGAUAGCCGAGACCGUGUGGAAGACAUUGCCAAGUUUCCGUAUGUUGAAUUCACAGGUCAGGACAGCAUCACCUGUCCCACUUGCCAAGGCAGUGGCUGCAUUCCCACAGAGCAGGUAAAUGAGUUGGUGGCUCUGAUACCCUACAGCGACCAACGUCUUCGUCCACAGAGAACGAAGCUGUAUGUCCUGCUGUCGGUGCUGCUCUGCCUGCUGAUAUCAGGGCUGGUGGUUUUCUUCCUAUUCCCUCACUCUGUCCUGGUGGAUGACGACGGUAUUAAAGUGGUUCAGGUUUGGUUCGACAAGAAGAACUCCGUUGUCAUUCUUGCCAUCACGGCUACCUUACGGAUCAGGAACUCCAACUUCUACUCUGUGACGGUGCCCAGCCUGACUAGUCAGGUGCAGUACAUGAACACUGUGGUGGGAACCCAGCAGAUCACCAAUGUCUCCAGCAUCCAGCCACUGAGUGACAAACUGGUGAAUUUCACUGUGAAGGCAGAGCUGGGUGGACCCUUCUCCUAUGUGUAUUUCUUUUGCACAUUUCCCAAGGUGAAGGUACAUAAUAUAGUGAUCUUCAUGAGGACAUCGGUGAAGCUCUCUUACAUCGGCCACGUGACGCAGAGCGCUUUGGAAACGUACCACUAUGUGGAUUGCAGUACCAACUCCACGGCUGCCCAGGACCCGCUGCCUCCACUGUCCCCCUUGAUAUGAGACGCAGCCAAAGCCAAGAGCAAGCCCUGAGGGCACAGCUGAUGUUUUCUGUGGGUGGAUGGUUGUGCAGAUGGAUUUCUAGAA